AUGAACUUUUUCGUCGCCAUUGGUAUAUACUUGGCGGUCGUAGGCUUCGGAAUGGCGGUGUUCUUGCUCGGUAAAUCAGAUGGCAACAGCGUCUUCGACAAAGUGUAUCAAGCUGCCACUGAAUAUGUACCCAAUGCACUCAAGUUUAUUCUGCGCAUUCUUUGCUGCGGGUCUGAACGCGGCGGUGUCGCCCUCGAUUCGGCUUGGAACUACACUUGCAAUGAGGCCAACCCUAUAGUCCAGAUAGUUUACCUCGCCCUAGUAGUAGGAGGUUACUUCUUGUACGUUAUAUUUGGAUAUCCAUUGCUCCCUAACCUCUAUCUUGGAGGCUACCACAAAUACGUCGGCUUUCUCGUUUUUGUUCUUUGCGUCUACACCUUCGCUGGAGCGUCUAUAGCAGACCCAGGAGUCAUCACUAAACGCAAUGUCAAUGCAAUAUCGCGGAUAUACCCUAUGGACGACAUACUAUUCCACGAGAAGGAGUGUUCGACAUGCAAGCAGCCUAAGCCGGCUCGUAGCAAACACUGUUCCCUUUGCAACUCUUGUGUGGCUAGAUUCGAUCAUCACUGUGUAUGGAUAAACAACUGUGUUGGUGUCAAUAACGUGCAUUGGUUCGUCGCCUUCCUAUUAGCAAACACCGCCCUAUGUGUAUACGGUGCUGUGGUCGGCGUGAUUAGUCUCGUAGCCGUCGUCCAAGAGCGUGACCUGUGGAACGCUCGAUUCAUCAACCCCAGUACGGGGGAACAAUUCAACGCCAGCAAGCGGAUAAUUCUUCAGUGGCUGCUUACACACGAGUACAUAAUGAUUGCUAUGAUCACUCUGUGUACUAUUAUGUCUAUUGUGUUGG